AAAGAGAUGGGUCUGUUAAGCGUGGACCUGUUGAUCACACUGCAGAUCCUGCCGGUUUUCUUCUCCAAUUGCCUCUUCCUUGCACUCUAUGAUUCGGUGGUCCUCUUGAAGCACAUGGUGCUUCUUCUGAGUCGCUCCAAAUCUGCACGUGGUGAGUGGCGAAGGAUGCUGACAUCGGAGGGGCUGCGCUGCGUCUGGAAUAGCUUCCUCCUAGAUGCCUACAAACAGGUGAAACUUGGUGGAGAAGCUCCUAACUCCAAUGUGAUUCACAUUGCUAAUGGCACUGAUGAGAGCACCACCAGAUGGAAAAGCUCCAGUGGGAAGUAUGGAACUGAAUGUCACCUUCUAGACUUUGCCUCUUCGGAGCGUCCAUUAGUAGUCAACUUUGGCUCAGCCACCUGACCCCCCUUCACAAACCAGCUGUCGGCCUUCGGCAAGCUGGUGGAAGAGUUCUCCAGUGUGGCUGACUUUCUGUUAGUCUACAUUGAUGAGGCUCACCCAUCAGAUGGCUGGGCUGCUCCUGGUGUCUCGUCCUCCUUUGAUGUAAAGAAACACAGGAACCAAGAAGACAGAUGUGCAGCUGCUCACCAGCUCCUGAAGCGUUUUUCUUUGCCACCUCAGUGCCAGAUCGUGGCAGACUGCAUGGACAAUAAUGCCAAUGUGGCCUAUGGUGUCUCCUUUGAGCGUGUGUGCAUAGUACAAAGACAAAAAAUUGCCUACCUGGGGGGCAAGGGUCCCUUUUUCUACAAUCUCCAAGAAGUUCGACUUUGGUUGGAGCAGAACUUUAAGACGAGAUGA